AUGUUGUCCAGCAAGUGUGACAUUGUCACGACAUUUAUCGGCGUCACCAAUACAGGUGGGUUGCGGUUCUUAGGACAAGCAAUUAUACCGAUGGAGCCCGGAUGGGAAAACAAGACAAAGAUUUGUGCACCGCUGGCAAAAUGGAAGUUUCCAGUAACGAGUGUGUCAAAAGUGUCGAGCAAUGCGUCGUUGACUUCUACGGCACCAGUGACACCUAAAAAAAGGCCAUCAAGCGAUUCGUCUUUGCGGAAGACGCUGGUGACGCGUUGGGGCGUUCUCACGGACACAAGUUUCCUCCUCUUUGACGACACGACUGCCGAGCUACUGGGCAGUAUGUACGUGCUGUAUGUAUCGAGUUACGCACAGCAGCAGUUGUGGGAAUACAAGAUCAUCCUGCGUCGACGUGCAUCACUGAUUCCGUAA